AUGGCCAGGGAGCGUGCCAGCCCCACUGGGAACUUGCUGAAAGGAAGGAAGGUUUAUUUGGAUAUCUCCAGUCAGAAGCAGCUGCUUGAAGUCAAAUCAAAACUUCUUGCUGUUGGUGCUAAACGUGCAUGGGGGAUCUGGCAACCGUGUCCUUCACCGUUCUCAUUCCUCGCCCUCCGCUUUGCUCUCUGCUCUCCCUCUCAGCGAGGAAACUGGCUCCGAAAUGCAUGCGAAUGCACGGAUGGCUCCUUCGAUGAAGGAGGGAAUACGAACCUGCUACAUUGGGAAUCCCUGGCAGCGUUGCCGGAAGUAGAGGAAUUCUUCAGUCGUGAAGUGCAUGCUGUGGUCUCCUCUCGUCCAGAGUCAGUUUGGUUCUACCAGCAACAGCAACAACAGAAGCAGGGGCAACCGGUGAAGCUGCAAGAAAGUAUUCUGAAUCUUCCCAGUCCGAGUCCCGGAUACGUUCCUUCACCUUCCUCUUGCUCCUCCUCCAUUGAUGAUGGAGGCUGUGGAGCCAGAGGCCCUCUAGGCAAUCGUGGGAGUGCUAUGCUGGCAAAGGCCAUUAGGUCCAAAGCAAGUAUUAGCAAAACUCUUGAAACUGCCCAACAGUUUGGAAUUGCAAUCUGGCCUUUGGCUAGGGUGCUGGCUUUGCUUGAGAAAGCUCAUAACCUUCCUACUGCUCGGAGAGGUGCCAAAGAAGCUCUUAAAAGAGUCACUGCUCGUCCCCUGAGAAGUCCCUUCCUCAAAGUUGAGGAUAAAUCCAGGAAGUACCGUCCAUUAUACAAGGAGUUCUCUGUGUGGCCAAAGUUGCUACGUUUUGUCCGCAGUGCUGGUUCCCCAUUUCAUUUCACCAGUCAGCCUUUCAGCAACGAACCCUUAGGGGAGAAAAAGGUUGAAGUAAAAAAAUUUGAAAAACCAACACGACAAAGAAGUUCUCCAAGGAAGCCACUUCCAUCAGCCAGCACCUUGAAAAAACCUGCUACUGGGAAGUCAGGAUACUGUGAAAUCUGUAACGUGACCUUCAGGUGUCUUGAAGAGCACUUAGAAACCCCAAAACACAAGGCCUACGUUGUCAACGACUCUCAUUAUCACUGCAUUGAUCAACUUAUUCCUGGUCAUCAGGAUUUCCAAGACUUGAUUGCAUCAGAGCUGCAAGUGGUUUGCAAAGCAGAGGCAGGAAUGGUGUCCUCAUCUCCAUCAGCAGAACACAAGAAUCUAAUUGCUGAGGCACCAGAACCUCGUCGUUCUAGCCUUAGGCUCCUUGCACACAGGGGGAAAUCUUAUAAUGAAGGAGAAGGGAUGAAUGGGAUUCAGAGUGAUGAUGAGGACCUGUCUUUGAGAGAGAAAAUCCGAAUUCGUUCCCAUAGGCAUUCUGAUGAAGGCAGAAACAAUUGCUUACAUUCUUCAAUCAAAACGCGAGCUCGACACCUCACAAGCUCCUCUGAUGGGGCAGGGGAAACCAUGAAGCUAAAUGGAAUGAUGAAUGGAAACCUUUGCAAGCGUCGCCCCAUGUCCAGAACAGAGAAAUUCCUACGAGACAAUGUAGAGUACUACAAGCUACAGGUCCUGUCCUCAAAGUUGCGAUCCACUGAUCACCUGAUGAGGAUGACCAAUGAGAGCGAGGACUUCACUCGACGGGGCCGCAUGCAUCCAGAUUUGGCUCUUCUUAUUGACAAUCAGGAAUAUUACAAGCUUGAGACACUUCCUGGGAAACUACGUGCUUCCUCCCUGUCACCAAGACAUUGUGAAGACACUCACAUCCCACUGGAAAAGCCCAAGCAAGAGAACCCUCCUUUGCCAAAGACGAUGGCUUCUCCUCAUGAAGACAGUGAUAUUGUUGUGAAUGUUGAUUGUGCUUCCACUGAAGAGAAACAGCCAUCUUGUUCAUCUCCAAAACGAAGACCAGGUCGUCGAGAAUUAGAGCAGCUUCUGGAGGACAAUAAGGAGAUCUUGGAUCUCACUCUUUCUGAUUCUCGUCUCCGUUCCUCCCCUCCCGAGUGUGGACUCUUGAAGCCAGCAUUCAGUGACUGUGAUCAUCGCCUGUGUCAAAGUGAGCCUCCCCUGCAUGAAGGUGAUUCAGUGGCCCCAGAUAUGAGCUACCUCUUUGACCAGCAUCCACCUGUGGACCCUUGUGUUAAUUACCAUAGCAUGGACUUUCAACGCUUUUGGUCUGAGCCUGAUACCCUAAAACCAUUCCCUCUCCCCUUUGAAAUGUCUUUUGAUGUGGUGUUGCGCCAGGCUCAGCUGGUGCGAGGCAGCAAAAAUAAUGCUUCUGCAGCAAAGCGGAGACCAUUGAGUGUAGCAGAAAUGCAUCGAAAGUCUCCUCGGUGCCAUGCUUCAACCCAAGCCAUUUUGUCUCAGCUGAAGAUCUCUCAGGAGGUGAACCCAGAAGAACCAGUGACAGAUGCAGGUCUGGCAGACUUGGCUCAGGGAAUUGAAGAGGAGAUCAUUAAUGGUAGCAUUGAAGACAUGGAAGAUCUGCAAGAGCCAGGUGCUUUACCACCCACCAUGUCAUCAGGGCGUGGCAAGCGGGCUCGACACUCCAGCCACCGAGGUGAUACCCUCCCCAUUAGUAUAGACACAAGCCACAUCUCCCUGGACUUUUUGGCUAGAGCAGAUGAAUGUGAAUGUGCAUUGGUGUUCAAUGGGAUGGGAGAGGAUUGUUCUACAUCUGAGUGUUCUUCAGUUGGUUCUGCAUCACAGAGAGACCGAAAGCGAAAGAAAGUCUACAAGCCAAAUCGAACUGGCUGGCCCAAGAAUAAAAAGAAACGGAAAGUGGAGAAGGUGGAAACACCGAUACAAGUUCCUGUGACUGCAAAUCGGAGGAGGACUCGAUCAUCAGGAACGCUGGACCCCAAAGACGAUGUCUUGGAUGCCUCACCAAAGCCCAAGAAAUCAGAAAGUCCAAAGGAAUCCAGUUCUCCAGGACGCAAGAGAGCUCGAAUUGUAUGAGCACCCUAUUUUUCCCGCUGAGGUUUUUUUUUUAGUUCAGUUUUUCACCUGGAUUUUUUUUUUAUUUGGGAGUUUUUGAAAUACUCUCAUUUUUGUAUUCUGUCUCCUUCACAAGGCUCAAGUCCAGAAAACUGUGUGAAAGAUGUCACUCAGCUGGACCUUCAUUAAUACCUUCCAGGUGAUGUAUUCAGUGUAGAGCUUGUAAUAUUUAUUCAAGAUUUUGUGUUAUUUUCAUAGAAAAAGAGUUCAUGGAUUUUAUUAUUUUGUCUCAUGCAAUUUUUCCAGUUUAUUUAAAAUUUUGCAGUC